AUGAGCGACACGCUCCACCAGCGUCUCUUUUACGCUGCCUUCCACGGCGAUAUCAGCGACGUCAAGGCUGCUCUCAGACUUGGCGCUGACGUCGAUCGAACGAAUGAGACUGGCGCUACGGCACUCUACGUGGCCGCCGAGAACGGGCACGAGUCUGUUGUUGAGCAGCUUGUAACUGCGCGAGCCGCCAUCGAUGCCCGAAACGACCACGGAUGGACACCGUUGCUCAUCGCGGUGCGUCGCCAGCAUACCAACAUCGUGUGCCGCCUUGUGAAAGCUGGUGCCGACAUCAACGCUGCAGACCAUAAUAGCAAAUGCACACCAGCAUACGUGGCGUCUACGUACGGCUUUGUCGAAAUCUUGCGAUUGCUUGUUCAAGAAAAAGCCAACGUCAACACACCCCAAGCUAACGGCUACACGCCCCUCCUUGCUGCGGCCAAACUCGGACACACCGAGGUUUUGCAGCUGCUGAUUGACGCCGGCGCCGAUCUAACUGCGACCAGCAGUAGCCACAAAUCGGCCCGGGAUGUUGCCGUGCAGAAUGGCUAUGCGGCCAUCGUCGACCUACUUGACCAAGCGACGAACCUGGCGCUGACCAAACUUGCCGCUGCCAGCAGCACGAAAGCCAUCUCGCGGCAGCUCCAGCAAGGCAUCAAUUCGACAAACGAGGAAGGGCAGUCGGUCUUGCAUUUGGCUGUGGCGGAAAACAAUGCCGCGUUGGUCCAACACCUCUUGCUUCUGCCUGGUGUCGAUGCCAAGAAGAAGAACAAGGCCAACGAGACGCCGCUCCUGUUGGCCAUCAAGCGCAUGCAUCGACGUAUAGCGGCACACAUUUACGCCUUCGUGCACCGCAACGAAAUCGCUGUCGAACUUUCGGCCGCCGACUUGGUCGAGCAUAACGCCGAGCACCUUGGUAGUGGUGCGACGGGUGAUGUGUACAAGGCGACGUAUCAAGGGACGACCGUAGCCGUCAAGCAUUUCUGCAAUGGUUACAAGCCAAACGAAGUCUUUCGCCGUGAGCUUUGUGCGACGCAAUUGUGCAAGUCGCCGUAUACAGUGCAGCUACUGGGUAUUUUGAACCACGAGACGCCCAAACUCGUGCUCGAGUUCAUGGACAUGGGUGACUUGAGCGCCUACCUCCGGUGCAAGCGCGCCGGUACACCGACCCUAGCAACGAUUUCGAACCUUGCGAUUCUCUGGGCCAUCGUCAACGCGCUCGCUGAUAUGCACGACAAGGGCAUCAUGCACCGCGACCUCAAGAGUCGAAAUGUCUUUUUGAGCUCAACGGGCUAUGUCAAGGUGGGCGAUUUUGGCUUGACGCGCGAGUUUGAGCCGAAUAUGACGACACAUGCGGGGACACCGUAUUGGAUGGCCCCCGAAGUCUUUGUUUCGGGCGCCUCGUACGACUUCUCCGCCGACAUUUACGCGUUCGGUGUCAUCAUGACCGAACUCGACAAGCUUCAGGACCCGUUUACCACCCAAAACGAGUCGUCGUAUGUGAUUGCAAACAAGGGCACCAAAUUUCUCUGCGUCGCCGCCGAAGAGGGUCUUCUGGAUGACAUCGAGCGCCUUCUCCAAGCUGGGACCGACAUCAACCAGUGUCACGACGGCACAACCCCGCUUUGUGCCGCCGCUGCCAACGGACACACAGCUGUCGUAGAGGCGCUUUUGGUCGCUGACGCAAAUCCUUUUCAAUGCAACGAAGAAGACAUCAAGCCUCGAGACAUUGCCAGGGCGAAUGGUCACGCUUCCGUCGUUGGCGUUCUGGACAAGGCUAUGGCCAACCUCGUACAGCUUGUCACUGCUCUGAGCACGAAGGACGAUGCCUCGACCUUGCGUCUGCUGCAAGCUAACGUUCCUGUCACGAUUUCAUACUCGUCGACCGAGUGGCAAGUGGCGUUGCCAAUGACGUGGACCGAUCCGGUAACCGAGGAAGACGUGCUGACGGACGGAUUCACGCCAUUGCACAUCGCGGCGAUCGUGGGCGUGACAGAGAUCGUCGCACUGCUCUUGGCACGUCCACGCAUUGUCAUUGACGCUGUCGACAAUGCGAAACAAACUCCGCUGCAUUUGGCAGCAAUGUUCAACCAUGAGGGUGUUGUAUCACUGCUUUUGACUGCAAACGCCAACGUCAAUGCAAGCUCCAAGCGGCUUUAUACGCCCUUGCACUUGGCUGCAGAAUAUGGUCACGGCGGAGUCGUCUCAGUGCUGUUGGCCGUGAACGCCGAUGUGAAUGCUCAAACCAAGGACCAAGAGACGGCCCUCUUUUUAGCGGCUAAAGAAGGGCACGUUGACGUUGUUACGCGUCUGCUGGCCGCCCACGCCGACCCAAGCAUGAGCAGCCAUAACAUCGAGUCGCCGUACAUGGCUGCGCAGGCAAAGGGGCACAACGAAAUUAUGGCUAUGCUAAAUGAAGCUCUGAAUUCAAGAAGUCGCGACGACGAGACGACCAACACCACGAUGUUGAUUUCGGACGCUGUUUUGACAGGAAAGGCUGAUUACGUGGCCAACCUACUCCGUUCCGGAGUCGACCCCAACACCCGAUACGAGCCAACUGCCGGAGUCGGGGUUUCGUUUCUCUUGGCCAAAGCCAAAGCCCGCAUCAACGACGGGAGCUAUUUCCUGCACGUGGCAGCUGCUGAUGAUUCUCGUGACAUUGUCCAACUUCUCCUGGACCAGCCACGCAUCGAGGUUGAUGCCCUCGACUGCAUGAGGUCAACGCCGCUGUAUGUGGCCGCCGCCCACGGACAUGUUACUGUCGUGCAGCAGCUCCUUCGCGCCAACGCUGACGUGGCGUUGGCCACAGAGACACUACAGACACCUGUGCAUGCGGCCGUCACCGCGGGGCAUCACAGCGUGGUCCAGGUGCUGUUGGACGCCGGCGCCAGCUUGGACUGCAAGACUAUUGACAACAAGACACCGCUGACGUUGGCGAUAGAGCUCGAGAACGAAGAAAUCCUCGCCAUCUUCCGGGCAAGAAUGAGCGCGAAAGAGGCCACCGACGCGUCGGACACGGCCGUAGACGGGUUCUUCAACGACGAUGAUUAUGAUGUGCCCGACCCAGCGCAGCCAGUUCCGAGUGUCGUUUGCGACAGAGUGUUUGACGUCGAGGAUUCCGACACUAUCAACGAGCAGCUGAUUCAAAGCGUUGUUUCGGGCGACGUACAGAGACUGCAGUCGCUUCUUCGAGCAAAUGCGAAUCCCAACACCAUUCAGGCCGAGACGGGAGACAGUCUCUUGCAUAUUGCAAUCCGACACGAGCAAGACUCGAUUGUCGACGUGCUGCUUCAAUCACGCGCUAUCGACCUGCAGCAGCGCAACGCGAUGACGGAGACAGCCCUUGUUGUUGCCAUCAAGCAGCACCACGUGCACAUGGCCCAAAAACUCUUCUACGCCAUGUCGACGACGCACUAUGUGACCGCCGACGAGAUUGAGAUCGACCGAAGUGUCGCCCUGGGCGAUGGCAAGGGCUGUAUUGUCUACAAGGGCGCGUUCAAGGACCAACUGGUUGCCGUCAAGACGGCAAUCUACCCGUCGCACGCCCAAGGUCUGCGCAACGAAAUCGCGGCGCUGCAGCGUUGCGGGUCACCGUACCUCAUGCGACUUUUGGCGGUCGCCGACCAAAACACGCCAGCACCUAACCUUGUGCUUGAGCUCAUGAACGUCGGCAAUCUCCGCAUGUACCUCGACAAGAAACGCGACGGUCUCGAUACCGAGGUCGACAACUCUCUGCUUGACGUCGCGUGGGUCGUGGCCAACGGCCUCGCCGACCUUCAUCGCCAAGGUCUGCGCCACCGAGACCUCAAGAGCUCCAACAUUCUUCUCUCGACGACCAACUACAUCCAAGUCAGUGGUCUCGGUCUUGCGUUCAAGCAGCCGACCGCACCGUCGUCGCCGCCGCAUACUGGUGGCGGAAUGCCGUUCUGGACGGCCCCCGAGAUGCUCCGGAAAGGCCAAAUCUACUCGGACAAGGCCGACGUGUACUCGUUUGGCGUCAUUUUGAUCGAGCUGGAGACGCUGCAGCUGCCGUACGCGACGCAGGACAUUGACGACUGCACCUUUCGAGGCGACGUGCGCGACGGCAAGCUGCAACCGAGUAUCAGCAGCACGUGUGCACCGUGGCUGCGCGACCUCAUCUCUCGCUGCCUUGCGUACAACCCGUCGCAGCGUCCAUCGGCCCAAGAGAUUGUCGACUUGCUGCAAGAGUUGAGGCUGGCGACCUGCGACCGACAGCUGCUCUCGGCGACGCUCGACAAUCGCAUGGCCGACGUCGCCUACCUUCUCGGCGCUGGCGUGAGCCCGCGCUCGCAGUCUUGGCAACAUGCAACGCCGCUCUUUCCGGCUGCGACGCUGGGCCACGCCGCCAUCGCGCAGCGGCCCGUGCUUGCCGACGCUGACGUCGACCAAACGCCACUAGCGAGCCUACCAUCGACCACGUUCUUGUCGCUGCCGCAUACCGAACGCGACUGGACGGCCAGCGCGCACGAUGAUGGUCCUACACCGCUCUUUGUCGCCGCUCAGAACGGGCAUCUCGACGUUGUCGAGGUGCUGGUAUGCACGGGAAAGGCCAGCGUCGAUGUAGCGUUUGAGGGCGAGACACCUCUCUUUACAGCGGCCAAGCACGGUCAUGCACACAUCAUCGAGCGGCUCUUGCUUGCAGGCGCCGACGUCCAUCACGCAAACAACGAUGGUCUCUCGAUCUUGCACGUCGCAGCUGCCAACGGACACGACUCGGUUGUCAUGUCGCUUCUCGCAGCCGGCGCCAACCUCGUGCAAAGCGCGCAGACAGGAGACACGCCACUUCACGCCGCCGUGGUCGAAGGUCAUACCACAGUCGUCCAGCUUCUUUUAAAGGCAGGUGCUGCUGUCGACACACAGAAUGAGGCCGGCGCAACCCCGCUCGCCGUUGCCAGCUCGUUGGGCCAUCCAUCGAUUGUCCAACAGCUUUUGGAUGCACGGGCAAGGAUCGAUCUGUCCGACAAGACGAGUGCGACGCCGCUGUAUCUCGCCGUCGAGCACAGUCAUCUAGAGGUCGUGCGUCGGCUUGUCGACGCAUAUGCCAACGUCAACGAGUCGAACGAGAGUUGGUGGACCCCACUGCAUGUCGCAGCGCAACACGGCCGCACACAGCUCGUUCAGUUGCUUUUGGCGGCGGGCGCCGACGUUGAGCUGACCAACGGCACGUACGCAACUGCCUUGUACUUGGCCGCACGCAACGGUCACAUCGACGCCGUGGCAUUGUUGCUGGACGCAGGUGCCAACGUUGAUACUGCCAACGGCGACAACCGAACACCGCUGUAUGCCGCUGCCGUGUGGGACCACCCGUCGGUUGUGGCGCUGCUGCUAUCGGCUGGAGCCAAUGUGAACUUGCGCAAUCGCGGCAACUGCUCGCCCCUUGAUGUUGCGUGCACCAAGGGCCAUACAGAGGUUGCGCGCCUUCUGCUUGAGCAUCCCGACAUGAAUGUCAACGACCGACCUGACAGCGACAAUGAGACCAACCUCAUGGUGGCCGCCGAGGCUGGCUACACGCGAAUCGUUUCAAUGCUCUUGGCGGCGCACGCGGACGUCGAUGCCGUCGAUGACGAUGACGCGACGCCCUUGUACGUGGCCGUCGAGAAACGACACGAAGCGAUUGUGGACCUCCUUCUUGUGUCGGGCGCCGACACCAACGUCAAGCGCCGGAACUCGACCACAACGCUCUACUGCGCCGCCCAACUUGGUCUUCUCUCGGUCGUUCACAAGCUUGUGGUCGCUGGCGCUAACAUUGCCUACGUUGCCUCCAACAAUGCAACCGCCCGGCUCACCGCGCUUGUGCAUGAACACUACGAGGUUGUGGCUGCCUUGGACCAUGCCCGUCGAUGCCAGCUUGGCAAGAUGUCGUCGGAGCAACAACUCGCAAAACAGGUGCCGGCGCUGCAUCGCGCGGUGAGCCGCGGCCAGACAGCGCGCAUUGCGUCGAUGUUGGAGGAAGAGAGUUCCGCCGUCCAUGCACGGGACGGGUUUGACCAGACCGCCCUCCAUGUGGCGGCGUUGGUCAAUCGGGCUAAGAUCGCAGAGGAGUUGCUGCACGCGGGCGCUCGUCUUUGCCAAGAUUUGGAUGGGAACACACCACUGCACCUGGCCGCGACGUUUGGACAAGGCUCUGUAGUUGAGCUUCUUCUCACAAAGGCGCCCGAUGCCGUCGAUGUUGCCAACAAGGACGGGUUGACAGCCAUGGCCAUCGCCGCACGCAAUGGCCACACGGAUAUCGUCGAGCGACUCCUCCAGCACAAACAACCCUAAUCUCCGUAGCGCCUUUGCAUGCACAUACAAGUUUGACGCGACGCAAUGACACGAGCUCUGUUCAUUCA